UUUUAUUUAUAUGAAUUUUCCACAUUCAGAAAUGAGAGACAGAAAUCCAAUUGCCAAAGCACUAAACCCACAAUGGAUUCAAAAAUCAUAACUCGAAUUUUUCAUUCCAUUUUCCUUCUUUCACUCUUCUCAUCAGUUUCAGAGUCUCAUCAGUUCUGUGAUGCCGGGAUUGGAUACUGUGAAUCGGAAUAUGGAGUUGCUUCAGGGUCUUCUUCGAAGAUUUUGAUUAAGGGAGGAACAGUUGUGAAUUCUCAUCUUCAAGAGGUUGCUGAUGUAUAUAUAGAGGAUGGUAUUGUUGCUGCAGUGCAGUCUAACAUCAAGGUAAUUUUUCUCAUUAUAUUGAUUAGUUCAA